AUGGCAACGAACAGCAGAGCCGUGUGGAGAGUGCUGUCAGGAUGUCAGUGGCUCUCUGGUCACAGCGGCUCUUCCUUAGCUUCUCUCCUCACUGUCCCCUCGAGAACAUUCGCAGUUGCUAGAACAAAAACAAAAGAUAAAAAAGAGGAGGAGAAGAAGGAGGUGAAGAAGCGACCUGUGAUCGACGACUCAAAACGUCACAAACCGUUUGGUAAAACGGCCUGGGCUCCGGUGGAUGACGUCUACAUUCGGAGAUUUUACCCCCGGACCCUGGUCGGUGUGGGGGACGCGGUGGAGCUGCUCAAGGCCUACAGAGCCCUGGACUUUACCCCCAAACAGCAGCCUCUGUACAUAGACCUGAAACUCGACAUGAAGCUGGAGAAAAAGAAAAAAGUGGAUCCGUUUGUGAGCACAGUCCACUUGCCUCAUCCUUUUAAGACCGAGAUGAAUAGAGUUUUGGUUUUCACAGAGGACCCAGAUCAAGCCAAAGUGGCUCAGGAAAACGGAGCUGCGAUCGUCGGAGGGGCGGAGCUUGUUCAAAAGAUUUUGGAUGAUGAAAUUUCAGCUGAUUUUUAUGUUGCUGUGCCUGACAUGCUGGUGAAGAUGAUACCGCUCAAAAACAAGCUCAGAAAGAAAUUUCCCAAAAACAAAAGAGGUUCGGUUGGUAUGAACAUUGUCAAAAUGUUGGACUUGUUCAAAACGGGACACGAGUAUAUGGUAGAAGACAACUGCUACGUUCGAACACAAAUUGCCACGCUGGACAUGUCCUCAGAGUACAUUCUGGAGAAUCUACACACGCUUCUCACUGACGUUUACUCGCACAGACAGGCAACCACAGAUUUAGGGCCAUUCAUAGAGAGAGCCAUCAUCUGCAGUCAAACCAGUGAAGGCCUGUGGCUCAAAACCGAAGACCUUCUCCCAAAAACAGAGAAGAAGGAAGAGAAACUUUGA